CAUGCCCGUUGUAUAUCGCCGUUGGAGGGCGGUGUCCUCGCGUCAUAUAAAGCAAGUACUCGGGGGGCGCGUGCGCCUCUCUCUCGUGCCGGAAGCGGGCGGGGAAAGCGUUGGAGUUGUCGGCCGCGUGCGGCCUGUCCUGGAAGGCGCAGCUCUCGCUGCAGCCGCGGCCCGGAGGCGAGGAGGACACAGCUCGGUCACGGCGAUGCUCCGGGGGCGCCGGCAGGGGGACUGGGAGGGGGAUGGAGGGGAACAGCGGCCGUGGCGAGACCGGGGUGGCUGCGACGACGGGGAGGUGCCGUUCAGCAGCGAGCGGCUCAGGCGAAAGCAGCCGGAGCAGGGGACGGUGAGCAGGAUGGAGGAGGAGGAGGAAGAGCGGCUGGAGGGGGAGCAUUUCCGGAGAAUCAUCAACGCCUUCCGAUACUACGGAACUAAUAUGCAUGAGCAAGUGAACAGAACAGAGAGACAGUUUAGAUCCCUCCCAGCUAACCAACAAAACCUACUUCCUCAAUUUCUUCUUCAUCUGGACAAGAUUCGGAAAUGCAUUGAUCAUAAUCAAGAGAUCCUACAGACCAUUGUGAACGAGUGCAAACAUAUGUUUGAAAAUAAAGAAUAUGGAGAAGAUGAAAAUGGGAAGAUUGUGCCAGCCUCAACGUUUGACAUGGAUAAAUUAAAGUCCACUUUGAAACAGUUUGUAAGAGACUGGAGUGAAACGGGGAAACCUGAGAGAGAUUCCUGCUACCAGCCAAUCAUUAAUGAAAUUGUAAAGAACUUUCCAAAAGAGAGAUGGGAUCUCUCCAAAGUUAAUAUCCUGGUACCUGGUGCUGGGCUAGGUAGAUUGGCCUGGGAAAUAGCUAUGCUCGGUUAUGCUUGCCAAGGAAAUGAAUGGAGCCUCUUUAUGCUCUUUUCUUCUAAUUUUGUACUCAACAGAUGCUCUGAAAUUAACUCUCAUAAACUUUAUCCCUGGAUUCAUCAGUUUAGCAAUAACAGGAGAUCUGCUGAUCAGAUACGACCAGUUUAUUUCCCUGAUGUUGAUCCCCACAGUCUUCCUUCUGGUGCAAACUUUUCUAUGACAGCAGGGGAUUUUCAAGAAAUUUACUCAGAGUGCAAUAUGUGGGACUGCAUAGCAACCUGCUUCUUCAUAGAUACAGCGCAUAAUGUCAUUGAUUACAUUGAUACAAUAUGGAAAAUUCUCAAACCAGGAGGAAUAUGGAUAAAUUUAGGUCCUCUCCUUUACCACUUUGAAAACUUGGCAAAUGAACUUUCUAUAGAAUUGAGUUAUGAGGAUAUAAAAAAUGUUAUAUUACAGUAUGGAUUCCAUCUAGAGGUGGAGAAAGAAUCUGUAUUGUCUACAUACACUGUGAAUGAACUAUCCAUGAUGAAAUACUACUAUGAAUGUGUGUUGUUUGUGGUUAGGAAACCAGAGUUGCAGUGUUUCAAAUAGAUUCUUCAGAAAAAAUGCUGGAGAUAAUGCUAAAAUUUACAACACACAAUGGACUAGGUAAUGACUGGAUACAACCUCAAAUCAGUGGUGCCUUGUUUAUUCUUAACAGGAAUUUGAGAGUGUCUAUUUUCUUAAUACCUGUAUUGCUAUCCAGAUAUAUACUGUGCCAUGCAUAUUUGUACUGUACUAGUGAAAAUGGAAGAAAAUGUACACAUACACAGCCCUCAUUCAUCAGAAUGCAUACAAACAUCCCAUUUUCACAAGUAUAAAACUCCUGUUUUAAUGUCUGCCAUGAGGUUGUCCUGAUAAGACUGGUUUAAUAAUUAUUCAAUAGUACUGAAAUCCAAAAUAAUUUCCCUUUUAUCUGCAGCUGUCUGUAACAUGCACAAGCUACAGCUCUCAGGAUCUGUUGGAAAGGAUGUACAAUUCUAUGUUUGAUAUCAGAACUGGGAAUGUUAUUUCCACUUUUGAUCUGAGGCUUAAAACAAAAAAUGUUUGUGUAUUCUCCCUCAGUUUUUAAACAAAAUUCUAAUUGUUUUCAUUUUUCCUUGUGACCUUAUGAAUGUUUAGAGGUAUAAUACAAGCUCAGCCACGGUUUAGAGAAGGAUUUCUUAACAUCAAUUUAAAAAUAGAAUAUUUACAAAAUCUGAAAUUAUUGAACAGUGCUAAGAAGUUUCUUGAAAGCUGCAUUUAUUGUGACUUAACGCUCCCAGGACCAUUUUCUAUAGGACUGAAAAUAGAAACAAAAGAUAAAUAUUUUAGAAACUAUAAAUUAUAAUUUUCUGGCCAUGCUAAGCUUAGCAAUCUAUUCUAAUAGUUUGUUGGCUUUGGUAAUUUGAAUAUUGAUAUAUGAAAUCAUAGUAUGGAGUGAAGCAAAGCAUCAUGUCACAAAGGAAUGGGAGUAAAUUAACCUUGAAACAGAAAUAAGACUUAGACUGCUAAUGCAGGAAUUGCACUCUCACUUUGCCCAUUUGAAGUUUAUCAGUGUAACUUAUCUGUUGCUUAAAUAAAGUGUUUGAAGCAUUUA